AUGAUUUCCAUUCUGGGAAACUUUCUCGGUACGCUCCUCGUUUUCGGGGUGAGCUUCGUGUAUCCGGCGUACCUGACAUUCCGUUUCUUGUUGGCGCACCGCGCACAGGGCGACGGCGCACGGCCGAACUUCCCCCCAACAGAGUAUAUCCAGCAUGUUUUUUACUGGGUGCUUUACGCGUGGCUGACGGUGUUCACGGGCUUCGUUCUCUCCAAAAUAUCCGCUUUCAUUCCUCUGUAUCAUGAACUCCGCGCCGCGCUCUUCUACUGGCUCGCCAGCCCCGACUUCAAGGGCGCGGGCUGGCUGUGGCUUGUCAUUCUGAGCCCUCACUACGGCGCUGUGGACGCCAUGAUCCGCGACCUCUACGAGCGGUUCUGUCCCCCCUCGCUCAAAUCCUACCUCUCUGUCGUCGCCGAGGGAGGAGAGAACGCAGUGGAACAGGCCUUCCGCCGCGACCGCACCGCCAACAAGCAGCUGGACGGCGAGAGCUUAAAGAGCAAGUGA